CAUUCUCCUCAACGGCAUCUCGUAACAAGGUCUUCGGAGAAUUCGUAAAUUUCUCCAUCAAUGAUUCAAGUGCGAUCUUCAAUAACGUUAACCCCGAAACUUAUGACCGGGUAGAUGGAAGCCCGCAUCUUUGUUAGUUGUAAGUCGUCUCUUCGGAGGUGACGGAAGACCUGUCCUACGACCACUCGACCAUGGCGCUAUUCAGGUUACUUCUCCUAGGCUUGUUGCCGUUUCUAUGUCUUUCUGCUUCCCUAAAGGAUUUUCCGCAACUUUAUGGACCGCGAUCAUGGAGUAGACUCGCCGGAGGAAACAACACAGCCGAUAGUGGACGGCAUAUCCGAGCGAAGCUUCAAUCCCAGAAGAUAAAUAAUGUGACAGGCGGCGCCGUAUCAACAUAUGGGACAUCUAAGAUCUCGGACCGGUCUCCGCGGGAGCCAUUGGCCAGAUAUGGUGCGGGGAUAGUGUAUAUGUUAGAGCUUGAUAUCGGAACGCCCGGACAGAAGGUCUCUGCCAUCCUCGAUACCGGAUCGUAUACGCUACUCUUAGAUCCAGACUGUAAACAAGCGGCGGACCCGGAGGCUUGUCAGACAUAUGGCUUUUAUGACACGGCGCAGUCUUCUACCGCUAAGAGUCUCAAUGGCUGGUUCUCGGGCCAGUUCGGUACAGGCUUUAUGCAAGGAGUAUGGUAUAGCGACACGGCGUAUGUAGGGUUGGAUUAUUUACCCCUUCCAAACUUGAGGAUUGGAGUAAGCAAGUGGAGUCAGUACAUCUGGGCUGGAGUUUUGGGCGUCUCGUAUGGAAAAGCGUGGAAUACUGCGUAUCAAACUCUGCUGGACCUCAUCGUCUUCCAGAACUAUAUCGAAGUACCAAUAUUCAGUGUAGGUGUCGGAUAUCAAGGUGGUGGAAGCCCAAGCGAUAUAAUCUUUGGAGGGGUCGACAGGAAGAAAUAUCGCGGAUAUCUCGAACCUCUCGAGAUUUACCCGUAUCCAGAGCAGCAGUUGAAGCUCUUUGACCAAGUAGGCUAUCGGGUGAACCUAACAUCUUUGGCGGUCACCCCUCCUGGGGAAAAUGAAACAAUGCUGACGGGAAGCAACUUCGAACGCAACGUCUUGAUCGACUCUGGAUCAACAUACACAUAUCUCGAUGCUAAUUUGGUUGCUAUAAUUGCAAAAACCCUGAAUGCGAAUACGGAUGAACACGGAGUAUAUCGGGUGCCAUGCGAAAACCGAGACUUAGACGGUUCCGUGAAUUUCGGGUUUAACUUCUUCAACAUGGUCAUUCGCGUUAACUAUGCCGAUUUUAUAGUCGAUUUUGAUAGCUACUGCGCCCUCGGUGUUCAACCUAUAGAUCAUUCGGACUCGACGUGGGUGUUAGGGACUAGCUUCAUAAGAGCAGCAUAUCUUGUAUUUGACCAGCUAAACAAUGCAGUAUGGAUUGCGCAAUAUUUGCCAUGUGGCGAUGACGGGGUAGAGGAUCUCACCAAGGACGCUGGCAGACAGCUGUGGUUAGAGGUUACGGGUCUGUGUUGAACGGAAAAUGAAGACGGAAAAGCUGAAAUGGAAAAUGCAGAUCGCUUGAUUAUACAAAUAUCAUGUACAUAUAGCCGUACAGUAGUUAUUCAAAACAUGUAAAAUCAUUUCUAACACCCCAAGCCACAGAUCAGACAUCUGGUCCUCGAAUAUCUUCACUCAGUGGACCUUGCCUCGUCCAAAUAUUCAUC